AUGAGCGAAGAAAUAACUACAAAUCAAACAGUUGAAGAAGAACAACAAACCAAUCAACCAAGAUUGAGCAAUGAAAAUAUUAAACAAGAAGAUGAAGAACAACAAGUACAAGAACAACAAGAACAACAACAACAAGAACAACAAGAACAAAUAGACGACCAAGAUACUCAACAACAAGAGGAUGAAUUUGUUGUUUUAGAGGAAACAAAACCAGUCGAACCAAUUAGACCAACCCCAACACUACAAGAAACACCACAACAACAAAAACAACAAACACAAGAACAAGAACACGAAUAUCAAGAUAUUGUACAAUUUAUCGAUCAUAAAGGUGACAUUGUAAAAGAAGAUAAUAAAAAUGGUAGAACAACAUUUUUAUCAACAUUAUCAAAUAGAGAUGAUUUUUUAACAAAAGGAUUUGAUUAUUCAGUUAUUUCAAUUUUAGGACCACAAAGUAGUGGUAAGAGUACAUUAUUGAAUUUAUUAUUCAAUACAAGAUUUGCAGUUAUGGACGCAUCAACUGGUCGUAAACAAACUACACAAGGUGUUUGGAUGGGUGUUGCAAGUACUACCAACAAUAAGAAUGAAACAUUUUUAAUUUUAGAUGUUGAAGGUACUGAUGGUCGUGAAAGAGGUGAAGAUGAAAAAGCAUUUGAAAGAAAAACUUCACUCUUUUCAUUAGCACUCUCUUCAGUACUUAUUAUCAAUAUGUGGGCUCAUGAUAUUGGUCGUUAUAAUGCUGCAAAUAUUUCAUUAUUAAAAACUGUUUUUGAAUUAAAUUUACAAUUAUUUCAAAAGAAAAGAAAUCAUAAAAUUUUAAUAUUUUUCUUAAUUAGAGAUCAUGAUGGUGUUACACCAUUAGAAAGAUUAAAAGCAACAUUAAUGGAAGAUAUUACAAAAUUAUGGACAGAUUUACAAAAACCAGAGGAAUUUGUGGGUACAAGAGAGAGUGAUUUCUUUGAUUUUGAAUUUACAACAUUACCACAUAAGAUUUAUUCACCAACAGCAUUUUUAGGUCAAGUUGAACAAUUGAAACAAAGAUUCAGUGAUAGUGGUGCCGAUAGUUUUAUUCCAAAGAGAAAGUAUAGAAAUGAUGAUAUUCCAGCCGAUGGAUUCUAUCAAUUCAGUUAUCAAGUUUGGGAAACCAUCAAGAGUAAUCGUGAUUUAGAUUUACCAUCACAAAAGGAGAUGUUGGCUCUUUAUCGUUGUGAUGAAUUUGUCGAACAAUCAAUGACUCAAUUUACACGUGACAUUAAACCAAUCAAAGAACAUAUUGAACGUGGUCGUAUUCAAGAACAAUUUGGUGAGAAAUCAAAACGUAUUCUCGACCAAUCUUUAUCAGUUUAUGAUGAACCUGCACAACGUUAUCAUUUAGAAACAGUUCAAAAGAAACGUCAAGUAUUAACUGACCGUAUUCUCACUGAAUUGAAAUAUCUUUUCGAUAAACAAAUGGAAAGAUUAAAUGAAAAUACUUUAGUAUUUUAUAAUUCAUUAAUUAAAGAAUUUACUGAUUCAAAUACAGGUAGUAGUAGUGGUAGUGGUAAUAAUAAUAAUAAAAAACGUGAUGGUAGUUCAGUUUUAUUAACAGCAGCAUCAGUUGGUAUUAUACCACAAUUUUCAACAUGGUCAAAUGGUAUUAAAAAGAAAUCAAUUGAAUAUUUUGAAAUUGUUGCAAAUCAAUCUAUUGUACCAGGUAGUGAUUGGAGUUUUGAAAAUGAUUUAGAACAAUUAAAGAUAAAGAUCGAUAAAGAACUUUCAAUAUUAAAAGAGAAUCAAUUAGUACGUUUAUCAAAAUUAAUGAGAGAUAAAACCUUCCAACAAGAAUUAACACCUUUAUUAACCAAAAUCACAGAACAAGCACCAAAUAAUAUGUGGCAAAAGAUUAAAACUUACUAUGAUGAUGCACUCUCUUCCAAUGAAAAGGAAUUUAGAGAUCGUUUAGUAGAUUUCCAAUUGGACGAACAAAAAGUCAAUGAAUUAAUCAAUAAAUUUAGAGAGCAAUUAGCUGAUGGUUUAAAGAAUAAAAUCACUGAACGUGCUGAAUUCUUACAAAUGCGUAUGCGUAAACGUUUCGAAGAGAAAUUCAAUAUGGACAAUCGUAAUCUUCCAAGAAAAUGGACAAAAACUGAUGAUAUCGCUUCAAUUUUCCAAGAUGCACGUCAAAAUGCUGAAAAGUUAAUCGAUCUUUUCUCCUAUCUUCGUUUGGAUGAGGAAGAUUCAAAUGUUUCUUUCUUUAAACGUCUUGAUAAUGAUGAACACGAAGAAAAUACCAUGGUCAAUAGUUCAAAAAUUAUCAUUCCAUAUAAAGAUUGUUGUUUAGCUUGUGAAAAUUUCCGUUUAACAAUAAAGAGUGAUUAUAUGCAAGCCCUCUCUGAACAAAAUCGUUUAACAUCUGGUGGUGGUGUACCAGGUUAUAUGAUCAUUCUCUUAUGCGUUUUAGGUUUCAAUGAAUUCAUCUCAAUCAUCUCUUCACCAUUAUUAUUGUUAUUAACAAUCCUAUUGGGUGGUGUUGGUUUCGUUUUAUUCAAAUUAGGUUUGGCUGGUCCUUUCAUAGAUUAUAGUAGUCAAAUUUUAGUUCAUUUCAUAAGCAAAGUUAAAGAUAUAGUUUUACAUGUUGAACAAUUACAAGAACAAAAUCAUAAUAAUAAUAAUAAUAAUAAUAAUACUCCAAAACAAAAAAGAGAAUAA